GUUCAGUUCACUACAGCUGUGCCGCUGCUGCCAUGCCCACAUAAAAACUAACACGGAAAAAUUGUACAUUUUCACAAACGAAAAAUUAAAAUAAGUUUUUGGAAUUUUUGGAAAAAUUAUAUUGAAACCUCUGUGAAGGCGUAUGAAUUAUUAAAAAACAGUUGUGAACUAACGGAGCGCUGGGAAUGCGUAAAUGCGUGAAUGCGUGAGUGCGUGCGUGCGUAAAAACGUUUGUUGAAAAAGUCUUUCGCGCAAUUUAAUCACCGAAAUUGGCGUUUGUUUGCGGUUCCACAUUUAUUUGCCUGCACGCUUCCCGAAAUCACUGCCAUUCCGUAUGCAAUUGAUUGGAAAAUUAUUUUACUGGAUGCACAAAUGUGCGUAAGUGCUGGAGGAGGCGUGCCAGCUGUACUGUUCGCAUUAGUGCCAUUAUAAUUACCCACUCGCAGCACUUGUUUACUUAUUAAUUAGUAAUUCAUUUAGUGAUUUAAUUAUUCUUGUUGCUUUCUGUUAAUGUUAAUGUGUUCUCGUGCAUUUUUAGAGCUCAUUAAAUACGCAAUACCUUUCCGUUAUGUCAAUUAUCGGUGCUUAGAUAUGUCAGAAAGUACAUAAAAUAUUGAAAUUAGUUGCGAUGCUGAAUGAAAACAUUGAUUGUGUUACGCAAAAUUUCGAUACGAACCCAAUCAAUUUAAUGAAACAACCACAUCGCGGCCAAUCCGAACAAGAUCAGCAAACCAUAAAUAAAGAUCUGCUGAGUGCGUCUCUGAACUCGCCAGUGCUAAGAAAAAGUGCCGAAAAUUUGAGUUGGAAAUUUCUUGAACAAGUUUCGAAUUUAGACAGUCAAUUACGUGAUUAUGAGACGAGCACUAUUCGAGUGAACGGCUGUCAUUUAAUGGACAACAAAAUUAACGACGCCACUGCAGCAAAAGUUGAUGAACAUCGCGAGUCCAAUACUUGUAUUCACCGGAUAUAUUAGGACAACAACAACAGCAACAACAGAAUUCUACUUUUAAAUUUACCUCACCAACGUCAACAUUCAAAAAAAAGAAGCAACAGCAAUUACGAAAAAACAACAAUAAUAAUCAAAACAGUGUAUCAACAGCCACAACAAUAAUAAAAUCCCUUCAAACACCUACCGAUAUACAAGAGAAUCUAAAAAUAUUAGUUGAGGACACAUACCAAAGUCAGAAUUGUAACACUGCAACAAGAAAAGCAGACAAAAAUUCAGUUGCCAAUAUAGACGGAAAUCCAGUUAAACAACAGUUGCAACACGAACGUAAUGAUUUUACAGCGAUGAUCAACAGUUCUGAUGCCAUUAAUUCGUCAGAUACCAACACAACAGGAACCGGAACAACGCGCUCAACUAAAACACGCACCCUCCCCGCAAUAUCCACUCGUUCAUCUGGACAUACAACAGGCGUGGACUUAGUGGGGGAUUCAGAAUUACCAACGACAACCGUAACAACAACGAACAGGUCAACUGCUAAAAGUCAGAAGCGACGACAGCCACCACCAACACAUCUAAACAUGGGUGCAACGCUGCAGGGAGGCAGCAACAAAGCCAGUUCUUCACAAAGUUUUGUUGAUGGCAUUGAAACGCAGUUAGGACUCAUCGGCUGGCGUAAGAAAUGCCUCUAUACACUGCUGGUGCUACUGAUGGUGCUGAUAAUCACUAACCUAAUACUUACACUAUGGAUACUUAAGGUGAUGGAAUUUUCAACGGACGGCAUGGGCCAAUUGAAAAUUGUGCCUGGUGGAGUGCAACUAACAGGACAAGCACUGGUCAUGGAUAUGCUGCGAGCAUCGACAAUACGUUCAAGGCAUGGCCAACCAAUUACCUUAGAAUCAUCACGUAAUUUUUCAAUCAAUACACGUGACGCGAAUGGAAUGCUCGAAAAUCAUUUAUUCCUGGGACACGAUAAGCUCGAAUGCCUUUCGACGGGAUUUCGCAUCAAUGACACAAACGGACGAAAUUUAUUUUCCGUAAAUCGAGAUGAAGUCACAAUCGGUGCACACGCGCUGAGAAUUGAUGGUGAAGGUGGUGCCAUAUUUCGGGAAUCCGUACAGACACCACAUGUACGUGCUGAGCCGGGACGGGAAUUAAGAUUGGAAUCACCAACGCGGCAAUUGGAGCUCUCAGCAGCAAAGGAUAUAAACAUGCAGUCACGUGCCGGUGGCAUUGAAUUGUCUGCCCUCGAGGAUAUCAAACUGAGUGCUUUAGAUGGUAGCUUACGAUUGGAAUCAAACAAAAUUUUAAUGCCAAAUUUGCGUACGGCACUACCACCCAAUCCUGGUCAAGCGCAAAAUCACGAGCACAUGCAUCGAUUCUUCCAAUUAUGCGCCUGUUCGAACGGAAAACUGUUUUUGGCCGCACCGCAUUCAAUCUGUGCAGGUGAUGAGAGCACUGUGUGCAGAUGAUUUCCAUAGGACUAAUAAAUUACGGUAUGUUACGCCCAAAGGGCUAAGUCUGAUGCAGGGGUCACAUUAUUAUUACUAAAUAUGUUAUAAGUAUGCAAUGCCGCCGAAUGUUGGAUAAUAUUAAUUAUAGUUAAUGUAUUAGUACAGUUUAAAGAAAUCCAAAGUAAAUAU